AUGAAGUUCGUCCAGAUCCUCAGUGCCGCUGGCCUCGCCGCUGCUCUCCCGGCCACCACACCCGCCAACGACAUGGCCGAUGUUAUGGCCCGUCAGUGGGGCGGUUCUAUCGGCAGCACCAAGAACGAUCUGCAGAACGGCAACUCGGCGUCUUGCCCGAGUGUCAUCUUCAUCUUUGCCCGGGCUUCGACUGAGCGUGGCAACAUGGGCUCAAGCACGGGACCUGCGGUGGCCAACGCGCUCGCAAAGACGUACAGGGACAUGUGGGUGCAGGGCGUGGGCGGCCCCUACGACGCCACAUUGGGCGACAACGCUCUCCCCGCGGGCACGUCCAAGGCAGCCAUCGACGAGGCCGUGAAGAUGUUCACCAUGGCCCACGACAAGUGCCCCGACGCGGCCGUUGUUGCCGGCGGCUACAGCCAGGGCACGGCCGUCAUGUCCAACUCGCUCGGCCAGCUGCCGGCCGAGGUGCAGGACCAGGUCAAGGGCGUCGUGCUCUUCGGCUACACCAAGAACGCCCAGAACGGCGGCAAGAUCCCCGACUUCCCCGACGACAAGCUCAAGGUCUUUUGCAACACGGGCGACAGGGUCUGCACCGGAUCCCUCGUCAUCACCGCCGCUCACUUUGCCUACGGCGGGGUGGCCGGGAACGAGGCGCCGGCGUUCCUCAAGGAGAAGAUUGGCAGCGUGUAA